AGACUAUAGUCUAUACUAUAUUCAAUUGUAUACUAUAGUCAAGACUAUAGUCUACCCUAUAGUCAAAACUAUUGUCUAUGUUAUAGCCAAGACUAAAGUCUAGUUAAUACUAUAGUAAUAUACUACUAUAAAUGCUACAAUCAGACUAUAACCUAUGCUGUUGAAGGACUGUAGUAUAAGCUAUAGUCAGACUUUAGUCUAUGCCUUAUCCAGGCGUUAUGUUAUAGUUAGAGAAUAAUCUAUGCUAUAGUCUAGUAUAAGAUAUAGUCCGCUGUAAUCUAUAAUAUAGAAAAAAUAAUUAAAAAUUAAAAUUUAAUUUUACAAUAAAACUGGGUUUGAUAGUUUGUCAUAAACAUUUUUUAUUUACAAACAAAUCGUAAAAUCUCUUUGUAUUAUUUUGUUAAUAUUUCAUUUAAUACAAUGUUUUAUAUUUGCGUUAGAUUUAGAUUUUCUCUUACCCUUUAUAUUAUUAAUAUAUUUUGUCAUGUAUAAAAGGUGUGUUAAACUUUUUUUCAAAAGUCGAUAUUAUAAAUCAUUUAAAUGUGUAUAUAAAAAUUUUACAAACUUAAAAAGAUUUAAAUAUAAAUAAAAAUGUAAAGUCAACAAAUUAACACGUGAUUAAAGUUUUUACAACAAUUUAACUUGUGAAGGUCGGUUAAAGAAAAUGCAAGCCAGUGAAGGGUUAGUAUAGUAAGUAACUCGAUAAACUUUUUACUGAAUUACUAGUUAAAAAAGUAGGGUACUAGACAAUUGAAAUUUACCACAUAAUUUCUUCUACAUUGUAUUUACUUUUCUUAUGUACUCUUAUCUACAGUUCAUCAUAGUGGAUAAAUUAUUAAUAAAAAUUAGUUGAAUGAAUUACAUUCUCGAUAACAAGUUGAAAAAUCUUAAACUAUAAUUUUACGGAAGAUCAGUUACAAAGAUUAGAUCGCCUUGAGAGCAUCUUCAACCGCGUAAAAAAACCAAAAUUUAAAUAAAUGACAAAGGAUAAAAAAGCAGCCAAAUAAUAUAAAAAUGAAGUAUUCUAUAACGACUUUGGGCUUAAGUUUAGCGUUUAUUUUAUCAUUUACUUUACAAUUCGCUGAAUGUGCCAAGAUAUUAGCUGUCUUUCCAUUUCCUGGACCAUCACAGUAUAUUCUAGUGCAACCAUAUUUAAAAGCUUUAGCCGCCAAAGGUCAUGAGAUGACAGUGAUUAAUGCUUUUCCUCAAAAAAAACCGAUUGCUAAUUUUCGAGAUGUGCCCGUAAUAGAAGUGCAUGAUAAUUAUGCGGAAUUAGUAGAGUCAGCCAAAGUUAAACGUAACAAAUGGGAUGAAAUGACAUUUUUGGCUGGAUUUCUUCUUAAUCUCACCGAAACCGUUGUGAAAAAUCCUGGUGUACAAAAAUUACUCAAUAAUGAAAAAUUCGAUUUGGUUAUAGUAGAAGCAUUACACACAGAUGCUUGGUAUGCAUUUGCUCGACAUUUUAACGCACCUCUGAUUGGUCUCUCUUCCUUCGGUACAGAUCCCAUUAUUGAUGAGCUAAUGGGUAAUAUGUCACCACUUUCCUAUUCGCCUCUAAUAACAGCUGGCUUAACAGAACGCAUGACCUAUGGAGAACGUUUAAAGAAUGUUAUUUUAUCAUUUUUGGAAGUAUUGCAUGCACGAGUUCAUACUAUACCGCGUCAAAGAAAGCUAAUAGAAACUUAUUUGCCUCAUAUUAAGGAAGAUAUAUGGGAUUUGAGAACAAAUUUUUCUCUAAUGUUGCUGAAUAAUCAUUUUAGUUUAAGUUUUCCCCGGCCUUAUGUACCCAAUAUGGUGGAAGUUGGUGGUUUUCAAAUAUCCUAUAAAUCCAGGCCUUUGCCUCAAGAUAUUAUGAAUUUUAUUAAUUCCUCUGCAGAAGAUGUAAUCUAUUUUUCCAUGGGCUCUAAUGUUAAAUCAAAAGAUUUUCCUCCUGAAAAAUUGCAAAUGUUAAAUGAAGUCUUCAGUUCAUUGCCCUAUAAAAUAUUAUGGAAAUUUGAAAAUCCCACUUUACCGGGCAAACCUAAUAACGUGUUCAUUAAAUCCUGGUUUCCUCAACCCGAUGUUUUGGCUCAUCCCCGUGUUAAGCUGUUUAUAUCCCAUGGUGGUUUACUAAGUACCUCAGAGGCUGUCUAUCAUGGCAAACCUAUGUUGGGUUUGCCAGUAUUCUACGAUCAAAAGAUGAAUAUUAAGAAAGCUGUACAAUCUGGUUUUGCUUUGGACAUCGAUUUUCAUACACUACCACGUGAGCAGUUUAAAUCGAAGAUUUUGGAAAUGAUGAAUAAUCCCAAAUAUUUGAAUAACGCUAAAACUAUAUCGAACAUUUUUCAUGAUCAACCCGUUAAACCUUUGGAAUUGGCCAUAUAUUGGACGGAAUAUGUUUUGAGACAUAAGGGAGCAGUACAUUUGAGAAAUCCUGCACAAAAAAUGAAUUUUAUACAAAAAUAUAGUAUUGAUACGGUGGGUGUUUUAGUGGGAGCCGUAAUGUUGUGUGUUAGUUUUAUUAUAAUUUCUGUGUUAAAAAUUGUAAAAUUAGUUUUCGGGAAAAAAUCUGCUAAGAAAGUGAAAGUUAAUUGAAUAAAGAAAAUAAAAUUUAUAGAAAUUUA